AAAUCUAGCAUCGAUGACAUUCGCCCUGAGAGUCCAGAAGGAGCAACUGAGCAAGGGCCCCCGAAUGGCGGCUAUGGUUGGGUGUGCGUCGCCUGUGUAGCCUUCAUCAAUGCGCACACAUGGGGUAUCAACAGUUCCUACGGAGUUUUCCUGGCUCAUUACCUCUCGACGAAUACUUUCAAAGGCGCGACCCCACUAGAGUUCGCGUUUGUUGGCGGCCUCUCCGUUUCGCAGGGUCUAUUGGUGGCGCCAAUCGCCACUCUUAUCACUCGAUGGUAUGGGACUCGUGUAACGCUGUUGCUUGGACUGUGCUUUGAGACUCUGGCCUUGAUUGGAGCUUCUUUUGCCCAUCAGAUUUGGCAUCUCUUCUUGAGCCAGGGAAUAUGUUUCGGAUGGGGCCUCGGAUUCCUGUUUGUGGGUUCUGUUGGGGUUGUGCCUCAAUGGUUUUCGACAAAACGUAGCUUGGCCAAUGGCCUCUCUACUGGCGGUAGUGGGUUGGGAGGCAUGGUAUACAGUUUGGCAUCCAACGCCAUGAUUCAACACCUUGGGGUGGGAUGGGCAUUGCGUAUUUUGGGCAUAUGCACAUUCACGGUGAACGUGGUUGCCACUGUACUUAUUCGCGACCGAAACCGACAGAUAGGGACGCAGCAGAGGGCAUUCGAUCUAUCACUUUUGAAGAGACCGGAAUUUAUUUUCCUUAACGGAUGGGGAUUCUUCAGCAUGCUGGGAUACAUUGCACUUCUUUUCUCAUUGCCGAGUUAUGCUUCGAGCAUAGGAUUGACUGCGCGUCAAGGUUCUACAAUUGGUGCAUUGCUCAACCUUGGGCAGGGACUCGGACGUCCGCUCGUCGGAUACUUUAGUGACGCCGCAGGUCGGAUCAACAUGGCGGGUUCCAUGACAUUCCUCUGCGGAUUGCUGUGCUUUGUCGUCUGGACUUUUGCCAAGACGUACGGUGUCUUAAUAUUCUUUGCAAUUAUCACUGGAGCCGUAUGUGGGACUUACUGGACGACGGUUGCACCUGUGACUGCUGAAGUCGUGGGUUUAAAAGAACUCCCACCGGCCUUAUCCAUGACCUGGAUCUUUAUCGCAUUUCCCACUACUUUCUCUGAAGUAAUUGGCCUCGAACUUCGUCAAGCACAUGGCAACAUCUUUUUGAGAGCUCAAAUUUUUGUGGCUGCCAUGUACGUGGCAGCGGCCCUCUGCAUGUGGUGUGUGCGAACCUGGAAAAUUGGAGAGCUGGAAGAGCACCCUCGC